UCAAAUCACACUACCGCGGAGUGGGCAACUGAGAGCUAACCUAGAUUCUUCGCUCAAUGAAAGUUUAGAGACUAAAGUCGACGAAAUUAUUAUUAUUAUUAUAUUUUUUUUGGGUAGCAGAAUCGGCUAUUCCAAAAAAAUCCCCCAACCAUCCCCAUGGAAGGAUUUCCAAUUACUAUGCAUUGAGGUGAUGUUCUUUUACUAACUCACAUAAUACUCAGAAAUUUGUGGAUGCAAUGGAUCUCUCUCCAUUCAGGCUUGAUAUUGAUGAGUUGAUCAAUGAAUUUGCAGAGUGUGGAUUCACAUCUUUUGGUGAUAUGAAGAAAGUAUGGAUUGGAAGAAAAUUCACUUACAUAUUUGAGGCUGCUCCUUCUACCAACUUGGCCUUCUUUAUGCAAUCAAUCUUUGCCCAAUCAAUCAGUCACAUGCGCAGUGCUGCUUCUUUGCCACACAGAUUAGGUGGCCUUUAUUGCCUUUACUGCCUUUAUGAGACACAGCCCUUUAGACCCCCUUACAAAAUCUACCUGUCUAUUGGAGAGUUGAAGAAACUGAAGGAACUUGUUGUUGAUGCAAAAGAAAAUAAUGUAAAAGUGGUAUCUUUUGUGGUGAAAAGAAUGUUAGAAAAGAACAUGUUUCUCUUUGGAUCUGUGGACAUGAAUGAGAGUGCUGCUUUGGAAACGGUGAAUCAACUAACAGAAUUGCAAAAUGCUCGCGUUCAAGUAGCCUAUAAUAAGUUGUUUAAUGAUACUCCAAUUGAAAAUUAUAUCCAUAUGGACUUGGGGAUGGAAGUUGGUUCAAAUUUAUUAACAAAGAUGUCAACAGAUUAUUCAGAGGCCAAGAAACUUGCAUUAUAUGAAGCAAGUAAGAUAGUGGAUGUUCAGGACAUAAAGCACAUAGCAGAAGAUGAGAAAUUGAUUGGAGAUACGGUUGAAAAGAUUGCUGAGGACUGGAACGUUCAGAGAGGAGUUUUUUAUGAACAAACCGGACUCGACCAACAGCUUAUUCCAGUCGAGGCAGAUCAGCAGUUACUUGAAGAUCACACCGAUGUAAAUUUUGAUAAGGAACUCGAAAGAAUGCUAACUGAUGUUUAAACAAGGUAUCUCCACUGAAAACCGACUCCAAUCUAGAACAUCGCUGAAUGGUAACGAAUAGUUAUCAGAAAUGAUCACUGGAACACAACCGCCAUAGAUGGCUUCCACCACCCUCGGGCUUGCCACUUCAUAGCCACUAGGGCAGAGACAAAACUUGCUUUCUCCAAUCAAUUUGGUGUAAUUUUGGGUCUUAGGAAGGUAUUCAUGAACUUGAACUUCAUUGUCCUUUUCCUUCCAAUGCUUGAUCAAAAUCUUCCUGAUGUAUCCAUGAGCUCCUCCAGCGAAGAAAGCUAGAAUUGGGCGGCGUUCUGGUGGCUGGCCUAAGUCCGGUGGCCCUAACGUUCCAGGGUGGAUGUUGAUUUCUGGGAGUGGAAUAUCUAUGUUGGGACGAAAGCCUUCUGUGAUGUUCGCAUUGCACACUACCCUGAUGAAGUUCUUGAACAGUUGGGGGUUGGCAUCUGAGAUUUCUGGUGCCUUGAAAUCACCGUUAGAAGUUAGGAGGAAGCGUUAGAAAAAGAAGAAACAAAGAUUUGAUAACUUGUAGAAUCUUAAUUCUUACCCAAUCAUGGCAUGAAACCACAAAAUGAUCAGCACCAUUGCUUCGGUUCCAAUAUGGAUACCUGUUGGCAACAACUCGAAUGUAAUCAGUUGUCACACGGUGCAUCCGAUCACGGCUGUAGUCAGUAGGAGAAGUGAUUGGCCUAUAAAUGAAAUGAAUGAUGUUGGUGAUACUCAAGGGAAGAAGAAAUACAUGAGCUUGAUCAGGAUGGCUGGCUCUAAAAGGACUCUUGCUGCAAUCUAACUCAUCUAUAAAUUGGCCUUCAAUGGCAUAUAUGCUAUUCAAUGGACCGUCAUGGAACAGAGGCUGUUCUCCUUCUCUAUAACUCCAUACCUUGAACCUCUUGACCAUUUCUAUGUGGCUUCUGCAUAACAUUUUGGAUAUACUGUAAGCAUAUUGGUGGGAAAUGACUUUUCUUUUGGAUUAUUGCUAAUUAAGUGUACAGAAGAAAUUUUAAAGAAUUGCAACUAUAGCAAAAUCUAUCAGUUGUAACCUCUAUCACUGAUAGGUUUCUACUAGUGAUAUGGUCCAUUACCGAUAGACUUAGAGAACUAGACGUAAUUUUUGUUAUAUUUGCAAUUCUUUUUCAAUGUGAUAUCUCUUAAAAUACUGAGUUGGAUUGCUAUAUUUGCAAUUGUCCCUCUAGCCAAAUAUUUAUUAAUAGUAAUAACUCAAAUGUUAUUUAAUAUUUUUAAUGUUUGUUCCUUUUUCCAUUUUCUGUAGGUAAAGGAAAACUCAACUGAUGAAAAGCAUAAGGAUUUCUGUAAAUGGGGCCUCUGGGAAUGUAAGUUUCUUUCUUCUCUGAUGUGAAGUUUUUCCACAGAACUGCCUUUCGGAUGGACGCUCGAGCUUCAGCCAAGCUUGCUUCAAUCAUCUUCAAAUUCAUCUUCUUCUUCUGCUCCAUAAACCUCAAAAUGAAAACUGAAAAAAAGAAAAUUUGACUACAGCAAAAACACUAAAGAAAGAAAGGAGAGCCUUUUUUUGUCCAUUCUUACUCUGAUGAUUAUAGCUUUCAUGGGUUUGUUGCCUUCUCUCAUGGAGUUUAUGGGAAAGAUAGAAGAAGCUAAUGGAAAAGCUUUAGUUGCUUGUGACAGGUCCAACAAUGGUGGAACAGAAAAAAACUGAAGGUAAAAAAGAAGAAGAAGACUUGUUGGCAGUAGCAAGCAAUAGAGACGGCAGCUGAAGCUUGCCAUGGCCAAACUCUUCCUUUCAAGCUCUUUCUCUUAGCUUUUUUUCCUUUUUAAGUGCUAAAUGAAAGAGAAACUGAAGAGAUUGCCAGUAGAAAAAGGUUUGAAUUUCGUCAUUGUUCCUCCAAAAUCGAUGUAAUUGAAUUCAAAAGAGUUAUUAAUUAAUGCAUUUUGUUGAA